GAGUGUAUAAGUACUGAAAACACGGAAGGUCCAACACCAUAUUCCCAAACAGAGGCUUCUACGCUGUAAGCUCUUUAUAAAACGUCGUCACAGCGGCCCUACAAUAAGUCAAGUGCAGUAUUUUUAAGAGUGAUGUCUGUCGAGUAGUAAACCUUUGUGUAGUUGAGCCUCUUCUGCCUCAUCUGAAAGCAAACCGCUGAAGAAGAUGCCUGCUCGCAAUGUUGUGUCCAACGGGAUGCCUAACAGCAAAGUUAGGUAUUCCAGGUUAGCCACUGACGACGACGGCUACAUUGAUUUACAGUUCAAGAAGAGCCCACCCAAGGUCCCAUAUAAAGCCAUCGCACUAGCCACGAUCCUUUUCCUAAUCGGCUCGCUGUUGAUCAUCAUCGGUGCUCUUCUCUUGGCUGGCUACUUUGGCGUCACUCACACAGACCGGACCGUGCCCGUCCUCAUCAUCGGGAUCCUUGUCUUCCUGCCUGGAUUUUACCACCUACGGAUAGCUUACUAUGCAUCAAAGGGCUACCCGGGGUACUCUUAUGAUGACAUCCCAGACUUUGAUGACUGACCAUUGCUAAAGCCCCAGUCCUGCUGUGCUUACAUGUAGUGAAUUUAAGGCCAUGAUAUAUUUAAGGAAAAUGAGAUCCAAUUUUUUUUUUUCUUUUAUAAUUGUUUUUAAAUUACAGUAUUGUUCUUAUAGAUUUUUCUGCCUAGGUUCUUAAUGCCAGGUUGCUAAUAACAACUGUUUUUUGUUUUUUUUUAUCUUUGUAUUUGUUUCAUAGCUUGAUAAAUAAAUAAACAAGAUUUUUAUAAUUUCUUUUAAUUUAUAUAAAGCCAUUUCAGUUGGCUUAUAAAAUAUUUUACCUUAUGUAGUACAAUCAACCAAUGUGGCCACAUAUAGUCAGUCUUUUAACUGCUUCACUACAACCAAUUUGCCAAUGUUGCCAAAGUUUUUAUUUCGUGUAUUCUUUAGGUAGAUCCACCAGUUCAGUGGCAGAGAGAAUAAAUAAUUUAAUAUUAAAGUGGCUGCAACCAAGAUAACAAUUAGCUGGUAUACCUGUGAUAUACACUGUAUCGCUUCUCUGGCAUUAUACUGCUAUUUAAUAAAAGGCUAGCGUUGUUUCUUCACAACAUUCCGUGUAGUGAAGAUUGCCUCGCCCUAGUUAAUGCUUCCUCA